AUGAUUAAUGACACGCAUAACCAACAUUUGAUAUCUUGGAAUCCUAGCGGCACGUCAUUCUUUGUCCGGGAUGUAAAUCGUUUUGCUAACGAAGUACUCUCUGAAUACUUUAAGCACUCCAAUUUUUCAAGUUUUGUGCGUCAAUUGAACAUGUACGGUUUUCACAAGAUUAACAAGUCUCAUCGAGGACACAAAGGAGAAAGUCAGAAUGAACUUUGGGAAUUCUCUCAUCCAAAUUUUCAAAGAGGUCGUCCAGAACUUCUCGGAAAUAUCAAGAGGAAAGCAAUGGAA